CUGAAUGUUCAGUAUUGUACUGACUACGCGUUGGAGUGGACGUUUUCGUGUGUAAUCAGUGAGAUUUUUGUGAAAAUGUUUUCCACUUCAACACUGAGUGUCCUAUUAGGGACAAUUUUACUUAUCUCUUCGAUUCCGGAUGCAGCAUCUUUUAGCAAAUACGGGAGGACGUGCAAGGACAUCGGUUGCAUGAGGGAUGAGGUCUGCGUGAUGGCCGAGGAUCCUUGUUCGAUCUAUCAACGAGAUAACUGCGGUCGUUAUCCGACUUGUAAGAAAUCUCGUCCAGGCGAAGCUAAUUGUGCCAGCACUCUGUGCGGUGAAAAUGAAUACUGCAAAACCGAGAAUGGUGUCCCGACAUGUGUGAAGAAAUCAGUAGUAAAUGAUGACGAAUUGUUCGCAGAAUUCGAUGGAAACAGCAACAGCAUACUGAGAAAACGAGAGACCGGCAGUGAAGUGGAUUCCACAUCGGAUGACACGCAAUCGAUUAAGACCACGGAUUCUCGAUACCCAUCCGGAAGUGGAUAUCCAUCCUCCGAAACUCGACCGAAAGCUGACUCCUCGGUCAAAUCAUCCGGUUACCCAUCCAGUUCCGGUUAUCCAUCGAACUCUGGUUAUCCCUCCAGCGGCUCAUCCGGUUAUCCAUCCAGUUCUGGUUAUCCAUCCAGAUCGUCCGGAUAUCCUUCAGAAUCGGGAAGUUCCGGUUACCCGUCGAGAAGCUCUGGCUAUCCUUCUGAGGCUGGAUAUCCGUCAAGAAGCUCUUCCGGUUACCCAUCAGAGUCUGGAUAUCCUUCGAGAAGCUCUUCCGGUUAUCCAUCAGAGUCUGGAUAUCCUUCGAGAAGCUCUUCCGGUUAUCCAUCAGGAUCCGGUUAUCCAUCUCGUGGUAGUUAUCCUAGUGGCUCGUAUCCUUCAUCAGGUUCAAGGGGAUAUCCAUCGACCUCCGUCGAUGAGGAAAGUGUGAAGAGGGUGGAUGCAAACUCUGUGAAUGCUGCUUAUCCCAGCCAAGCUGGUAGAAGUAGUACAGGAUAUCCCAGCCAGGGUAGCAGUUAUCCAAGUCAGAGCUCUGGAUAUCCUAGCCAAGGUGGUAGUUAUCCGAGUCAGAGCUCUGGAUAUCCUAGCCAAGGUGGCGGUUAUCCGAGUCAGAGCUCUGGAUAUCCUGGUCAAUCUGGCAGAAGCAAUUAUCCAUCGCAGUACGGUGGAUAUCCUUCACAGUCUAAUCCAUAUGGUAACUAUUAUCCUGGGUAUAAUCAAGGUUAUCAACAGGGGUAUCCUGGAGGGUAUCAACAAGGAUAUCCAGGGGGAUACCAGCAAGGAUAUCAAGGGGGUUAUUCUCCUCCUUCUACUACUAGGAAACCUAAAUUUACAGAUCAGUUGGGCAAUAUAGCCAAAGAUCUUGCUGGGAAAUAUUUGACUCAGGCUAUUCUAGAUAAAGUUACCAGAUAUUAGUGUAUUACAGAUUUUUGAAAUAAUUUUUAAUAUAAUUAUUAAUUAAUUUAUGCUUUCUUCUAAUAAUCUCUGCUCACUAUGAAUAUCAAUUGACAUUAAUUUUAAGUUAUGUUAUUAAUGAAUUUAUUCAUGAAUAAAAGUUAUAAUUUACUUUGUUUGUUUUUGUUCUUUUAAUAAAUAUAUUUUUCUUGCA